GUUUCCUUUGGUAUCUUUGUCGUCGGUCUUUUCAUCAGUACCAGGCAGCCAUCAUGUCGAGCAUCUCCAGAUCCGCAAACCUUCUCAUGCGCAGCAGCAGGGCUUCCCUGCUGCGUCCCAGCGCUGUCAACCCCGUCCAGCAUCUCUUCUGCAAAGAUCGCCUGGCUGCCCGUGGUUUGGCCACUGCUUUCGAGCGUACCAAGCCUCACGUCAACAUCGGUACCAUUGGUCACGUCGAUCACGGCAAGACCACUUUGACCGCUGCCAUUACCAAAUACCAGGCCUCUAAGGGUCUUGCCAACUUCCUCGAAUACAAUGCCAUCGAUAAGGCUCCCGAGGAGCGCAAGCGUGGUAUCACCAUCUCUACCGCCCACAUCGAAUUCUCGACCCAGGACCGCCAUUAUGCCCACGUUGACUGCCCGGGUCACGCCGAUUACAUUAAGAACAUGAUUACUGGUGCGGCCAACAUGGACGGCGCCAUCGUCGUCGUUGCCGCUUCCGACGGUCAGAUGCCUCAGACCCGUGAGCACUUGCUGCUCGCUCGCCAAGUCGGUGUCCAGAAGAUCGUCGUGUUCGUCAACAAGGUCGAUGCUGUGGAUGACCCCGAAAUGCUGGAACUGGUCGAGCUGGAGAUGCGUGAGCUUCUCUCCACCUACGGUUUCGAGGGUGAAGAGACUCCUAUCAUCUUCGGGUCUGCUCUUUGCGCUCUGGAAGGCCGUCGCUCCGAUAUCGGUACCGAGCGUAUCGACUCCCUCCUUGAGGCCGUUGACACCUGGAUCCCCACCCCCCAGCGUGACAUGGACAAGCCUUUCCUGAUGUCCGUUGAGGAGGUGUUCUCCAUCCCUGGCCGUGGCACUGUCGCGUCCGGCCGCGUCGAGCGUGGCCUUCUGAAGAAGGAUAGUGAGGUUGAGAUCAUUGGUGGCAGCAACGUCCCCGUCAAGACCAAGGUCACCGACAUUGAGACUUUCAAGAAGUCUUGCUCCGAGUCUCGUGCCGGUGACAACUCCGGCCUUCUCCUCCGUGGUAUCCGCCGUGAGGAUGUCCGCCGUGGCAUGGUCAUUGCCGCUCCUGCCAGCACCAAGGCCCACGACAAGUUCCUGGUGUCCAUGUACGUCCUGACCGAGGCCGAAGGUGGUCGCCGUACCGGAUUCGGCGCCAACUACCGUCCCCAGAUGUUCCUGCGUACUGCUGAUGAACCCGCCGACCUGAGCUUCCCCGGUGAGGACCAGUCCCAGCGUGUGAUGCCCGGUGACAACGUCGAGAUGGUCCUCAAGACCCUUCGCCCCGUCGCUGCCGAGGCUGGCCAGCGUUUCAACAUCCGUGAGGGCGGCCGCACCGUGGCCACUGGCCUGGUGACCCGCGUCAUGGUCUAAGUUGGCACUCGAGUCGGGGGCUAUCUUGCCCCAUAAAACACUUGCUUCCAGGGUAUUUUUAGGUUACGCCGUCAUCGCGUGGGGUUCUGGGAGAUGUUGAUACACCCCUGAUGGUGGCUAGGGCCGGAGUUCUUGAGCCUUAUCAUGUCCUUGUAUCUGUAUUAUUGUACUCAAAUAUGUAGAAUUUCCUUGAUCACUCCCCUCUUAUAGUUCUUAUCAUGUCUUGAAUAUGAGACCAAUGACUUUCCACGUUUUGGCAUAUUGUUUUGUCUCUCAGUAUAUAACAG